UUUAAUUUAUUAAUAUAUUUUUUUUUAUUCACUGAAGGAAAGGAAUUAUCAGAGAAAGAAAAUAUUUACCUAUUGGCGAAUAGCAAGUCCGUGAGUUCCCAAGGACCUUGCGGGAAAAGCAUGACAGGCAUUUUUUGCAGAGAUCCGUGCCAAUUGAGUUACUGGGACGGUGUCCAUUCAUACGGGAAUUGAAGGCCAAUGCAUCUGGUACGUCCGGUAUGGGGGCUAUUAUGGGGGAAGAAGGUGUGGGAAAGGCGAAGUCAAGGCAUAAAUCGACUGACUGAGUUACUGACUUUACUGACUUUCUUUCGGCUGGCCGGAGCUCCUUCCCCGCUUCACCUCUCUUUGUUCUGGCACACCCUAAGGAGAGCAAAGUACCAAUUGUGAUGGUCGGAUGCGUCGAUUGCCAUGGCAGUCUGUGGGGGGUGGAUAAGAGGGUCUCUCAGGACUCAGGAGGGAGUACUUUGAUCACGUCAUGGCCUCAUGAACCCCAGUUCUGUCUGAUGUGCCAUGCUACUCCGUACGUUGAUGAACUGCGUGGUUUAUCCUAUCCCCUUAUCUCACUGAGCGGGCCACUGGAGCAUCACGAAGCCGUCCCGUGGGAGUGGUGAAGAGUCGUUGGAACCGUCGGGUAAGAAGA